AUGUCAUCCGAGGGCGGGAGGUGCCAGAAACGCGUCUCCUUUCCACGCGAAGAGGCGCAGGAGGAGCGCAAAGAGGAGAACGGAGGAGUCGAUGCGCAUCAUCUGGGAUCCGUGAGGACUGUCCACGAGUUCUCCGGGUACUAUGAGUACAGCAUGUCCGGUGAAGACCACCACGCUCAGCGAAGACUCACCAUGAUGCGCGAGAAAGGCCGGAGGCAAGCGGUACGAGGGCCGGCCUUCAUGUUCAACAACCGCAGCACCAGCUUGACCUCUCAGGAGGAGCGCUUCCUGGACGCUGCUGAGUACGGCAACAUCCCCGUGGUGCGCAAGAUGCUGGAGGAGUCACGCACCCUCAGCGUCAACUGCGUGGACUACAUGGGCCAGAAUGCUCUGCAGCUGGCCGUAGGCAACGAGCACCUGGAGGUGACCGAGCUGCUGCUGAAGCAUGACAACCUGGCACGCAUUGGUGACGCCCUCCUGCUGGCCAUCAGCAAAGGCUACGUGCGUAUCGUGGAGGCCAUCCUCAACCACCCGUCCUUCGCCACCGGCGACCGCCUGACGCAGAGCCCCCGCGAGCUGCGGGACGACGACUUCUAUUCGUACGACGAGGACGGCACGCGCUUCUCGCCCGACAUCACGCCCGUCAUCCUGGCCGCCCACUGCCAGAAGUACGAGGUGGUUCACAUGCUGCUGACGCGGGGCGCGCGCAUCGAACGACCCCACGACUACUUCUGUAAGUGCGCCGAGUGCGCCGAGAAGCAGAGGAAGGACCCCUUCAGCCACUCGCGCUCCCGCAUCAACGCCUACCGUGGACUGGCCAGCCCCGCCUACCUGUCCCUGUCCAGCGAGGACCCCGUCCACACUGCGCUGGAGCUGAGCAAUGAGCUCGCCAAGCUGGCCAACAUCGAGAAGGAGUUUAAGAACGACUACCGCAAGCUGUCCAUGCAGUGCAAGGACUUUGUAGUGGGGGUGCUGGACCUGUGUCGAGACACGGAGGAGGUGGAGGCCAUCCUGAACGGAGACGUGAGCGCCGAGCUGGACGAGGGACGGACCCACCGCACCCUCCUGAGCCGUGUCAAGCUGGCCAUCAAGUACGAGGUCAAGAAGUUUGUGGCCCACCCCAAUUGCCAGCAACAGCUGCUGACCAUCUGGUAUGAGAAUCUGGCUGGGUUGAGGGAGCAGGCUGUCGCCAUCAAGUGCCUGGUGGUCCUGCUGGUGGCGCUGGGGCUGCCGCUGCUGGCAGUCGGCUACUGGUUCGCACCAUGCAGCAAGCUGGGCAGGGUCCUCCGCAGCCCCUUCAUGAAGUUUGUAGCGCAUGCGGCCUCCUUCAUCAUCUUUCUAUGUCUGCUGGUGUUCAAUGCCUCGGACCGCUUUGAGGGCAUCGCCACGCUGCCCAACGUCACUGUGACUGACUACCCCACGCAGAUCUUCAGGGUGAAGACCACCCGCUUCAGCUGGACAGAGAUGCUCAUCAUGGUGUGGGUUGCAGGGAUGAUGUGGUCGGAGUGCAAGGAGCUAUGGAACGAGGGCCCUCGCGAGUAUGUCCAGCAGCUGUGGAACGUGCUCGACUUCGGCAUGCUCUCCAUCUUCAUCGCCGCCUUCACGGCUCGCCUCUUCGCCUUCCUCCAGGCCAGAAAAGCCCAGCGCUAUGUGGAUGAGAAGGUGCACGUGGAGGACCUCUCCUUGGUGACUCUCCCCCCGGAUGUUGAGUACUUCACCUACGCAAGAGACAAGUGGGUACCAUCAGACCCCCAGCUCAUCUCGGAGGGGCUGUACGCCAUCGCGGUGGUCCUCAGUUUCUCCCGCAUCGCCUACAUCUUGCCCGCCAACGAGAGCUUUGGACCGCUGCAGAUCUCCCUGGGUCGCACUGUCAAGGACAUCUUUAAGUUCAUGGUUCUCUUCAUUAUGGUCUUCUUGGCUUUCAUGAUAGGCAUGUUCAUCCUCUACUCCUACUACCUGGGUGCCAAGGUGAACUCUGCCUUCACCACAGUUGAGGAGAGCUUCAAGACUCUCUUUUGGUCCAUAUUCGGGCUCUCGGAGGUGUCCUCCGUGGUCCUCAAGUACGACCACAAGUUCAUCGAGAACAUCGGAUACGUGCUGUAUGGGAUAUACAAUGUCACCAUGGUGGUGGUGCUCCUCAACAUGCUCAUCGCAAUGAUCAACAGCUCCUACCAGGAGAUUGAGGACGACGCAGAUGUGGAGUGGAAGUUUGCACGCUCCAAGCUGUGGCUAUCCUACUUUGACAACGGGAAAACGCUGCCGCCCCCCUUCAGCAUCGUGCCCAGCCCAAAGUCUUUCUUCCAGUUUGUCAGGAGGGCCGUGGACCUGCUCAGGUGUCGCCGGCAGCGGCUCAGGAAGGACGUGGAGCUGGGAAUGGACCACACCAAAUCUCGGCUAAACCUUUUUGGUCAGACCCAGUCGAGCCUGCGAGUGACCGAGUCGAACAGUUUCAGUAGCAUCCUGCACCAGCCCACGCGCUACCAGCAAAUAAUGAAGCGUCUCAUCAAGCGGUAUGUGCUGAAGGCGCAAGUCGACAAGGAGAACGAUGAAGUUAACGAAGGUGAGCUCAAGGAGAUCAAGCAGGACAUCUCGAGCCUGCGGUACGAGCUCCUGGAGGACAAGUCCCAGGCCACGGAGGAGCUGUCUCAGCUCAUCCAGCAGCUUAGCGAGAAGCUCAACAUCAGUGUCAGGAGCAGCGACUGACAGUGGCAGGGGUGUGGGGGCACAGGCAUGGAGACAGCAGGGUAUCUUCGACUACUGUAGGUCAUGCUCCAGAUGACACACGCAGCUUGAUGAGGCAACACACGUUAAAUCCCUACAAAGAGGACUCGUUGCAACACAUCUCUUCUGUGCUCUAGCAUCUGCAGGUUUAUUACCAUUUCAGUCUUGAGAUUUCUAUUUAUUUUCUUCUGUACUUCCCAAGUGUACAAUGCAAAGAAAUUCGACCCAGAAAAUCAACAUGUACUUUUGCCAGCUUUUUAAUGGGUAACAUAUGUUUCCUGUAAGCCAUGUCUUAUAUGUGUUUUUUAAUACUAGGUGUGAAUCGCACCAAGAUAAGCACAAUUGAACCGCAAUAAAUACUCUCUUUUGGAAACCAACAACUUGCUCCUUGGUUGAUUAAUAAAGAAUAAAAAGGGGUCUAUAAAUUUAUAAGGGGUGACAUUAUUUACAUUCAAUUUAUGGAUACCUUGCCUAUCAUAAUGAAUGAAGACAUGGGCUUGAUUUGCUGGCAUUAUGUAAAAUAAAUUAAAUUUUUGAUAAUCAUACAUUUCAUUAUGACAAACUCAUGGUAAAGAAUUUUAGCAAAUUUGUUACAUUUAAAUAAUAACUAGUACAUUAUUUACAUUACGAAACAGGCCAUUAAAACAUGCCCACUGACUGGCAAACGUGCUGUGAA